AUGGACGUCGGGCAGGCCUGGCCGCUCCUCUACCAGUUGGGAGCGGCGGCCUCGGGCGCCGCGCUCGGCCAGUUCGGCCAAGCAGCUACUCUGGCCAAGCAGCUGGAGCACUGCGGGCCAGCUCCUCCGCCGCUGCCGGUGGAGCUGCUGCCCGCGCCGCGCUGGGGGCUCUUCGUCCUCGGCUUCGCGACGGGCGUGGCACUCACGCUCGCGGUGUUCGUGGCGGUGGCGCUGGACCUCGUCCGCCGCGGGGCGGUGAGGUUCGUGGGCCAGCCGCCCGCGCAGCCGCCGCAGGCGGCCAUCGCGUGCGGGGCGCCGCAGGCGGGUCCCGCCGAGGCGCCCGCCGUCAGCGGCGCGGCGGAGGCGGGGCGUGCUGGUCGUCGCACCCGCCGGGGACCUCUAAGCGCGAUGGCGGCCGCGGCGGCCGCUGCCGUGCUGGACCGCGGGUCAGCCGCCUGGGUGCACUACGGCGCGGGCGAGCACCACGCGCGACUCGUCGGCGCGCACGUCGAGAACGAUGAAUAUGCGGUCGUGACGCCCGAUUUCGACGUCUUCGUGGAGCAGCUGAGCUUCAACAGCGGGGACUUGGAGGGGGUCCGCUUCUCGGCAUCGAUCGACGUGCGGCCGAGGGGCGCCCCUGCGCCUGGCAGUGUGCUGUACACAUUCGCCCCGCUGGCCACUGCCGACAUCAGCGAGCUGCUCGCGGAGGCGGACCAGGUGGCGAAUCUCGAGCGGGUCCACCGCGGGCUCCCGCGGCUGGGCGAGGCGGCCCGCGCCCCCGGAGGCGCGGCCGCCGUCGCGACGCCCGUGCCCGUCGUCGCCCCCGCGCCAGGCGGAGCCCGCUUGGCCUCCGCGGGAGGCGCUUGGGUCUUGACCGAGCCCCUCGUAGGCCACGACGUCGGCGACGUGUUCACGCUGCCAGUGGGCGCGACCGUCCUCGGGACCCGCGCGCUUGUCGUGAUCGACGGUACCGUCGCCAGCCUCGAGCAGCUCGCCGAAGGGGCGGGCCUGACCCGCUGGGCCCUGGCGCACUCGAUCCCCCAUCGUGCCGUUCAGCUUCUUGCCACGGUGGACGGGCUCAACGUAAAGAACCUCGUCGGGGUCGAGCUCCCCCCGAGGCGCAUCACCUUGCACGAGGAGGCGGUGGCCGAGAACCCCGAGGCGCCGGGCCACGAGGGGGCCGACCACUACCUGGGCAUCAGCGAGCGCUCGGGAGCGCCCCGGCACCGGCAGCGGGGGGGGGCUCGGCCGCAUUUCAAGCGUUGGAACGCCGUCCAGCUGGCAGCGCAAGAGGCGGUUGACGGCCUGAACCUGCUCUUCGGGCGCGACCCGCAGGAGCUCUCGGCGCUGCCGCUGCGCGAGGGGGCUGAGGCCGCGCGCGGCUGCAGCUCUUUGCACGGUGCAGUUCACCGGCACCUGUUCUCCACCAUCGCUUCGGGCAUGCCCGAUCAUGCACAAAGUGGCCGCGCCUCUUUUCGUGAGUUGGCUGGCACCAAUGCAGAUUACGAGAUGCUUGCACGCGCGGUCGAGCCAUGUGACCCGAAAAAGGUGCCCUUGCCGGAGGGGCGGGUGUCGCCAGUCGUCUUGACUGAUUCUGUUUCUUUUGAGCUCGGCCGCAGUCUCGACCUUGGUAACAUCUUGGCCGAUGCUGAGGUGGCUGAGUACCUCUUUCGCCACGAGCCCGUCGGGUCUUCCACGGAUGUCAGAAUCAGGGCGAUGAAGAUGUCCGACAUACCUUUCUCAGAAGUUUGCACGAUUGCGGGGCCCCGGGGUUCUGCAGGGCCUCGAAGGCCCCUGUGGGACUACGUGAGUAGGGAGCUCCUGGUCUGCGCCAGCUUGGCCCCCCUGCUCUCGGGCAACUUCGGGCGCCCGCGGCCCCCAUCUGCCCUCGCGACCGACGCUUCGGGGAGCGGGUGGGGCACCAUGGAGGCGGGCUUCAACAGAGACGAGGCGGGGGUGAUCGGGAGGUGGAACGAGCGCUGGAGGCAUGAACGGCUGCCCCCGUCGGAGCGGGCCCCUCGUCGUCGCGCGCCUGCCGCCGACCUGGGCCCCCUUGCGGGCGCCCUGACGUCCGACGCGGGCCCCUGGGACCUCGACGCGCUCGGCGGCGCCCCCUCGGAGUUCCCCUGGCGGCCGCGGGCUGGCUUCCCCGAGAUCCCAAAGACCACCAUCCCGGGACGUUCUUGGAAGUGUUGGAGGGCUGGGAGGCACAGGUUCGGGGAGCCGAUCGGUAACGAGGAGGGCAGGGCCGUCAUCAAGGGCAUGCGUCUGAAACUUCGGGACCCCUGCCAGCACCACCAGAGGCACCUCGUCCUUGUCGACAACUUCUGCGUAGCCCAUUGUUUCUCGAGAGGGCGCGCGGUCUCCUUUGGGCUACUGCAGUUGGUCCGCCGCCUCGCAGCCCUCUCGAUCGCCACGGGCUCAUGGGUGGCGCCCCGCUGGGUUCCGAGUGAGCACAACCCUGCCGACGAGCCGCCCCGCCUUUUCGAGGGGCUCAAGGAGGCGCGGGCCGCGCUGCAUGAAGCGCCUACGGCGGGAGCAGAGCCUGGCAGCCUGUCAAGCAGCCGCCGCGCCACGGAGGCCGCCGGGGCCCUUCGGGAGGGCGCGCUGCGGCGCGCGGGCCGCCCCGCCGGGAAGGCCCCCCGCCAGCAGGGCGCCGCGAGGCGGGGGCCCGCCGUGGCCCCCUCUCCUGCCGCGCGGCCGCCGCCCCCGAGUCUUGGGCGGCGAGCGCAAGGAGGGGAGCUCAGCGCGUGCGAGCUCGCGACCGUCGGCGCCAAGGGCUCGGCCGCCUACGCGCACUUCGAGAACCUGUUCCGCGAGCGGCAGCGGCGCCGAGGCAGGAGCACCGACGACCACGGCGAGAUGGAGGUGAACCUGCUCGACUACCUGGACGAGCUCCUGGCCUACAACGCGAAGCUCACGCACGCCGAAAAGAUGGUGCACGGCCUGUUGCACAGCACGCUGCCAGGACAAAUUCGAGACUACCCUCGACUUCAGCGGGCCCUGAAGGGAUGCAGAAAGCGGCCCCCUCCCGUCAGCAGGAUGCCGCUGCCGGUCGAGGUCAAGUCAGGCAUCUGCGCCCUCCUGAUCUUCGACGGUGAGCGGUCCACGGCCCUCUACGUCGAGUCCGUCUUUGCGGGCUCGCUCCGUCCUGGGGAGUUGCUUCGAGCCAAAGUGAGCGACCUGGUAAAACCAGGUGCGUCAGAGGAGGCUGCGCUGCGAUGGUGGCCCCUGGUCGUGGCGCCUGAAGAGCGGAUGUUGCCCUCCAAGACCCAGACCUUCGACGACACCGUCAUUUUCGAACCUGCUGCCGACAAGCUGGGCGUCGACGCGUCUCUCUACCAGCUGCGCCACGGUAAGGGCACCGCAAGCGAGCUGUGA